AUGAGCGCGCAGGAUCUGUCGCCCCCCCAGAGCGACCACCGGGAGGAUGAUCCCCAGGUCCGCAGCGCCACUCCAGAGGGCGAGCGCCCUCCAUUGCCUCCGAGACCGAAUACGCUGAGCUUGUUAAAUGAUGAAGCGUCAUCACGAGCGACCUUACAGGCGGAGGCCACAACUGCGGUAUCACGUACGGAAAUUGGGACUCAGUCUCCAGAUGGCCGAACAAGCGCCUACUCCACCCUGGCAGGGCGUGGACUUCCCCGGGGUGUGAAGGCGAGAGCAAGCUUAGGUCACCUGGCAAGCCCUCGAAGCAGUGAGGCAGGCGACUCGGCUAGUAUUCGAAGCUCGAUCCAGAACGGGGAUGUUGCGGACACGGAUGGAUUGUUCAAGGACUUUGUCGCUACAACACCGGGGGGGUAUCUGCAGGAUACGACCAGCUUGCUUCAUUUCCCCGAAUUUCCGGCAGAUGAUGUGGACGAUGAUACGUUCCUGGGCGAGUUUGAGCCAGUGGGCGAGCUAGACGAAAAAGGCGGCAACGAGGAAUUGCUUCUCCGUUGCUGGAAAUCGAAGCAGAAACACUUUCUCAUUCUCUCUGCAGCAGGCAAGCCGAUCUGGACCCGCCAUGGCGACGGCGGAUUGAUUUCGUCGUAUGUCGGGGUGGUCCAAACCAUCAUUUCAUUCUACGAGGACUCUAAAGACUGUCUACGAAGCUUUACAGCUGGCAACACUCGAUUCACCGUCGUCACCAAGGGCCCUCUGCAUCUGGUUGCAAUCAGCCGCAUGAUGGAGAGCGAGAACCAGCUCCGGCUGCAGCUUGAGGCUCUGUAUAUGCAGAUCUUAUCUACCCUGACCCUCCCUUCGCUCGAACAUCUGUUCUCAGUCCGUCCAUCAACGGAUUUGAAGCGACCACUUCAAGGCACCGAGACCCUUCUUUCUACCCUGGCGGACAGUUUUACGCGAGGAUCGCCUUCCACGCUACUGUCGGCCUUAGAAUGCCUAAAAAUUCGCAAAACCCACCGUCAGACCAUCAAUAAUGCUCUGAUGAAGAACAAGGUUAGCAACCUGUUAUAUGGCUUGGUUGUGGCCGGCGGACGACUGGUCAGCGUUGUUCGACCAAGAAAACACUCGCUUCAUCCGGGCGAUCUGCAGCUGCUCUUUAACAUGAUAUUCGAGGCCGAGGGUGUCAAAGCCGGUGGUGGCGAGAGUUGGAUCCCCGUUUGUCUCCCUGGCUUCAACAGCAGUGGUUAUCUGUACAUGUACGUCAGCUUUCUCGACCUAAGAGGGGAUGCCGACAACAACGAAGAAGAUCCCACUGUGAAAGGCGAAUCCGUCGCCAUUAUUUUGAUCAGUCCCGACAAAGAAAGCUUCUUUGAAAUGCAAGGGAUGCGCAAUUCUCUUGUAGAGCAAAUGGAGAAAAACGGCAGCCUCGAGGUCAUCAAGGCCGCGAUUGACACCGGUCGACCUGCAACCACCGAUAUCGUACCAGGAACAGUGCUGCACCACUUCCUAUACAAAUCACGUCGGAACGUGCAAUUCACCAUGUCAUCAUACGCUCCAGAAUUCUCUUCAAUUUCUCGCUGGCGAAGAUUGAUGUCCAUCUACAACAACCUCCACUCAAGCAUUCAUGCCAAGAACACCCAUGUCAAGGUCCAUCAUUGUGUCUCACGGUCAGCAAGCUCUUUCAGCUGGGUGACCUCGGAAUUCGAGCUUUACUGCGUCGCUGAGCCAAAUACAAAUCGAAAUGCGCUUGCACAGAGUGCUAGUAAGAUUGUCCAAUGGGUGCAGAAGGAAGAAGAGCGGCUGUUUAUCAUCGGUGGUGCGGUAUGUAUUUCCUUCAUGACUUGCUGCCUUCGAGAACUGACAGUUAUCAACACAGGUUUUCUAAACUGA